AUGGAGGUCGAGAGCGAGAGCGAGAGCGGCAAGAAGGGCAAGCCGGCGGGGAGGCCGCCGGAGAUGAAAGCUACGUUCAAAGAGAAAGUACUCGGCGUUGAGGCGUCCAAGCCAAAGAAGAUUGUGGACCUGGUUAAGGAGGGAGUCAUGAAGCUUGACCUGGUCGAUGAGAACCGCUUGUUUCCCUGUUUUGAUUUCGUGGAGGAAGCCGACUACGAUAGGAUUUGCAAGCCGUUUGAGGAUUGUUUGGUUAUCAAGUUGCUGGGAAAACGAAUUGGCUACGGGGCACUCACUGAGAAGCUUCGCUCCAUGUGGAAGUUAACCGGAGGCUACACCGUGAAGGAUGUCCAUCAUGGAUAUUUUUUGAUCAAGUUUGAUCACGUGGCUGAUAAGGAGAAGGUGGUCUCGGGUGCACCAUGGCUCAUAUACGAUCAUUACUUGUCGAUACAGCCAUGGACUCCGGACUUCGUUGCGGCAGACGCAAAGGUGAACACGACCCUCGUCUGGAUUCGCAUCCCAGGCCUGGGCUUCCAAUUCUAUGACGAGAGCAUCUUAUGCACAUUGGCGACGGCGGUUGGCACCCCUAUUAAGGUGGAUAUGAACACAGUGGACAUGGAGUGUGGCAAGUUCGCGCGCAUCUGCGUCGAGAUCGACCUCAACCAACCAGUGGUGGGGAGAAUCCGUCUCCGGAAAACAUGGUAUAAUGUCGAGUACGAAGGCCUACACCUGCUAUGUUCAACGUGCGGAUGCUAUGGCCACAUGACACGCAAUUGUACACAGCCAGUGCCGCAAAGCAAGGCCACAGAGCACACAGCAACCACCUCUAGUGGAAACGCAGAGAAGGUGUGCACCGCAGCUAUGGCGGCGGCGAAAAUUCCAGGCGCGGCAGAAACCCUAGCAGCCGCUGCAGAAACCCUAGAAGCCGCUAAUUUCGUGGGUGACAAGGCAAUGAUGGAGGGCGUAAUUUCAGGUCCUGUUAUUAAGCCCAUUCAAUGCCCCGAGACAGCCCAUGGUGAUUGGUUGGUAGUGGAGAAACGUAAGAAGAAUUUGAAGAAACCAAUAAAUGCCUCCUCAAAGCAGACUGAUGUUGAGAAGGUCAAGGCAACCAAGAAAGGAAAUAAUCAUAAUGAGCCUAUGCCAAUGCCAAAAUCGGCUAAAUCAACAUCUACUGGAGUAAUGCAAUUCACUGCUGGAGUGAAUUUUGAUCCCAACACUUAUCCAAUGGCUGAUAAAAACGGAAAGAAAAGAACUCGCAAAGAUCCUGCCAUUAAUGGUGGGUCGGUGCGCCCCAUGGUGCAGCACAUUGCGCCACCGACGAAGGCUACCCCUAAGCUACAUCAGGCCACGUCCAGCAGCAAAGGUACGACAGCGGUGGUGAUAGGAGGCAACCAGAUUUUCACUCUUGAGAAUGGUGUGUGCUCCACUAUGAAUUUGGAACAUCAAGGUGGCAGCAGAUAUAGCAUCCUUGAGGAGAAUAACCAGGAACAACAAGGAACAGGCGGCACAUCCAUGCUUCUUGAAGGAGGUACUCCAUUUGACCCAGGAGAACUGGUGCCUACUCGAUCAGCUUCCAGAACUUAA